AUGUCUACACAAAGGGCAGUCGUUCACGUCUCCAAGGGCGUCUCUGAGCUGCGCAAUGACAUUCCUCUUCCCAAGCUUCCUGCCGACAAUUGGCUUCUCGUUAAGACGAAAGCCGUAGCUUUAAACCCAACUGACUGGAAGAGCAUCGAACAUUCGACCGCGCCGGGCGCUAUUGCUGGGUGCGACUAUGCUGGUGUAGUCGAGGAAGUCGGCAAGGCUGUGACCAACUACAAGGUUGGAGACCGAAUUGCUGGAUUUGUUCGUGGAGGGGACCCUGCGGAUCAUUCUAAUGGCGCUUUCGCCGAGCACAUCAAGGCCAAGACUGGAAUCAAUCUGAAGAUACCUGAUAGCAUGUCCUUCGAGGACGCGUCGACUUUGGGUGUUGGAAUCACAACUGUUGCCCAAGGCUUGUACCAGGAGCUUGGCCUGCCGCUACCGCCUGCGAGGGUGCAAGAGCCGACCCCAGUCCUCAUCUACGGCGGCUCUACCGCGACAGGAACGCUCGCCAUUCAGUACGCGAAGGCGUCAGGAUGCGAGGUUAUCGCGACAUCUUCGCCUCACAACUUCGACUUGCUCCGCAAGCUCGGCGCUGACCAGGUCUUCAACUAUAAGGACGUUGAUGUUGGCGCUCAGAUUCGCAAAGCUACCGACGACAAGCUCAAGCUGGCUUUCGACUGCAUCGCCGAAGGAAACUCAUUUGAGAUCACUGCUGCUGCCAUCAGCUCCAGCGGCGGCCACAUGUCCGCUCUUCUGCCGGUCAAGGACUACCCAAGGAGUGACGUAAAGACCAAGUUCACUUUUGCCUACACGGCGCUUGGUGAGACGUUCAAUGAAAGAGUUGCAGCCAACCAGGAAGACUAUGAAUUUGGUGCGAAGUUCUGGAAGCAGGCUGAAGACUGGUUCAACAACGGCAAGAUCACGACUCACCCGACUGAGGUUCGAAGUGGACUGGCUGGUGUUCCACAGGGCUUGCAAGAUCUGAAAGAUGGCAAUGUGUCAGGUGUAAAGCUUGUAUACAGGGUCGAUUAA